CAUGCGUGCCGGCGUUGCCGUACGCAUUCACCAGACCGCACCCGGAAGCGCUGAACGGGCCCGGACCGGAGCCGGGACCCCCCCUCCCCCCCCCCCGGUAACCCCGGACCGGAGCCGGGACCCCCCCACCAGGACCCCCCGGUAACCCCGGGACUCCCCCGAUAACCCCGGACCGGAGCCGGGACCACCCCGCAGGAUCCCCCGGGACCCCCCGGUAACCCCGGAUCAGGCCUGGACCAGGCCCGGGAGCCCCCCCCGGUAACCCCGGGACCCCCCCAGGACCUCUCGGUAACCCCAGACCAGGCCCGGGACCCUUCUCCGGUAACCGAGGAUUCCCCCUGGACCCCCCCGUUAUCCUCCCGGUAUUCCGGGAAUUUUCAAUUUUGGGAUUUCACCCCAAAAUUCCCGGGAUUUUACGGCCCCCCCCGCAAACCCUUCAUCAUCCUCUCGGUAUUCCCGGGAUUCUCCCGGGAUUUAAAUCCCAUUAUCCCCCCAAAAAAGCCCGAAAAUUCCCGGGAUUUCCUCGGGAUUUAAGGCCCCAAAAUCUGCGGGAUUUUCUCUCGUUCUUCCCCACGGGAUUGCCCCAAAAUUCCCGGGAUUUCCUCGGGAUUUAAGCCCAAAAAUCCCCCCAUAUUCCUCCAAAUUUCCCGAAAAUUCCCGGAUUUUUUCCGGCAUUUAACCCCAAUAUUCCCUGGAUUUAACCCCCCGAAAUUCCCGGAAUUUUUUUCGGGAUUUAACCCCCCCAAAAUUCCCGGAUUUUUUCUGGGAUUUACCUCCCCCGAAAAUUCUCAAAAAUUCCCGACAUUUCCUCAGGAUUUAAGGCCCAAAAUUCCUGGGAUUUAAUCCCUCCGAAAUUCCCAAAAAUUCCCAAAAUUCUGCUAGGAUUUAACCCCGAAAAUUCCCAGAUUUCCCCCCUUUAUUUUCCCCCACAUUCCUUUGGUAUUUAACCCCUAUUUUUCCCAAUAUUCCCAGAAUUUCCUCGGGAAUUUAACCUUCAGUUCCCUCAGGAUUUACCUCCUUCAUCCCCACAUUUCUUCCCUGUAUUUUUCCCUCAUUUCUCCCAGUUUUUUCCCCCAAAUUUCCAAAAUUCUUUCAGGAUUUAACCUCUCAAUUCCCAGAUAUUUUCCCCGUAUUUUCUCUCCUAUUUUUCCCAGUUUUUUUUUUCUCAAUUUUUUUCCUCAUUUUCCCUCCUAUUUUCCUUUUUUUCCCUUUCCCCCAAUUUCCUCCCUAAUUUCCCUUUCCCCCCCAUUUCUUUCUCCAUUCCCCAUUUUCCCUCCUAUUUUUCCCUUUUUUUUUCCCAAUUUCCCCCCCAAUUUUCCCUCCUAGUUUCCCCAAUUUCCCCUCCUAGUUUCCCCCAUUCUUUUCUCCAUUUUUCCCUUUUUUCCCCUCCACUUUCCCUCAUAUUUUCCCCAUUUUCCCUCCACUUUCCUUCAUAUUUUCUUUCCACUUUCCCUCAUAUCCUCCCUAAUUUUCCCUCCAUUUCCUCUCAUAUUUUCCCCAUUUUUCUCUCCUCUUUCCCUCAUAUUUUCUCUAUUUUUUCCUCCAUUUCCUCUCAUAUUUUCCCCAUUUUUCCCUUCUCUUUCCCUCAUAUUUUCUCUAUUUUCCCCUCCAUUUCUUCUCAUAUUUUCCCCAUUUUUCCCUCCACUUUCCCUCGUAUUUUCCCCAUUAUUGCCCCCAUUUUCUCUCCUAUUUCCCCCAACUUUUCCCUCAUAUUUCCCCCCAAGUUUCCCCCUCCGCCAUGGAAUCCCAGUGCGAUUACUCCAUGUACUUCCCGGCCGUUCCCUUCCCGCCGCGGGAAUUCCUGGCGGGAGAAUCCUCGGGCUACCGCGCGCUGCCGCGCCGCAACCACCUGUACCUGGGCGAGACCGUGCGCUUCCUGCUGGUGCUGCGCAGGAACCCCGGGAAUGCCGAGAGGAACCCCGAGAGAACUCCCGGGAAUGCCGAGAGAACUCCCGGGAACAACGAGAGAAUUCCCGCCAACUCUGAGAGAGUUCCCGCCAAUCCUGAGAGAAUUCCCGCCAAUCCCGACGGAACUCCCGCCAAUCCCGAGAGAACUCCCGCCCACUCCGGCAUGAACCCCGCCCACUCCGACAGUAACCCCGCCCGCUCCAGCGCAAACCCCGCCCACUCCGGCGUUAACCCCGCCCACUCGGACACAAGCCCCGCCCAGCCCGGCGUGGCCAGCUCGCCCUGGGCCCAGCUGGCCUCGUCGCUGUCGGCGCUGGCCACGGUCACGAGCGGGGACAGCCGGGCGCGGGAGGAGGAGGAGGAGGAGGAGGAGGAGCACGCCGGCAAUGCCGGGGAUUUCGGGAACGGCCCCGAGGAUUCCCGGGAGCCGCCGCUCUUCCGGGAGUGCCGCGCGCUGCUCACGCACUCCAGGGGCCCGCCGGGCUGCGGCGGGGCUGGGCUCCCCGUGGACGAUCCCAUCGUCUCCCAGGACGAGGUCAUUUUCCCCCUCACCGUGGCCCUGGACCGGCUCCCGCCCGGCACCGCCAAGGCCAAGAUCGUGGUGACCGUGUGGCAGCGGGACACGGAGCCCCCGGAGCUGCAGGAGGGGACAGGGCCAGGGCCAGGCCAGGUGACAAUGACAGGGACAGGGCCAGGGCCAGGGGGGUACCUGAGGCUGCUCCAGGGCCGCGCCCCCGGCCAGGUGUUCCGGCAGCAGCACGGGGCCUUCAAGGCACAAGUGUCCACGCUGCUGACGGUGCUGCCACCCCCCCGUGUCCGCUGCCGCCAGGUGACCGUGUCCGGCAAGUACCUGACCGUGCUCAAAGUGCUGAAUGGCAGCUCGCAGGAGGAGCUGUCCCUGUGGGACGUGCAGGUGCUGCCCAAUUUCAACGCCAGUUACCUGCCCGUGAUGCCCGACGGCUCCGUGCUGCUCGUGGACGACGUCUGCCACCACUCCGGGGAGGUCCCCGUCGGGGCGUUCUGCCGCGUCCCCGGGUGCCACUCGGGGUGGCCGUGUCCCCUGAGCGCCCUGGAGGAGCAGAACUUCCUGUUCCAGCUGCAGGCGCCCGAGCGGCCGCCCCGCGACGCCAAGGAGGGCCUGGAGGUGCCGCUGGUGGCCGUGGUCCGGUGGUCGACGCCGAAGCUGCCCUUCACCAACAGCAUCGUCACCCACUACCGGCUGCCGAGCAUCCGGCUGGAGCGGCCGCGCUUCGUGAUGACGGCCACCUGCGAGUCGCCCGUGGUGGCCCUGCAGCGCUUCACGGUCACCUACACCCUGCUCAACGACCUGCAGGACUUCCUGGCCGUCAGGCUCGUCUGGACACCCGAGGCCACCGCUGGGAAGGCGCGGGGCUCGCUGGACUCCGUGGUUUGCCACACGCCGCUCACCAACCUGGGCUACUCCCGCAAGGGCAGCGCCCGCACCUUCCGCGUGGCCUUCCAGGCGCUGCGGGCCGGCCUCUUCGAGCUGUCGCAGCACAUGAAGCUGAAGCUGCAGUUCACGGCCAGCGUCAGCAGCGCCCCGCCCGAGGCGCGCCCCGUGUCCCGCAAGAGCAGCCCCAGCUCCCCGGCCGUGCGGGAACUGGUGGCCGGACUGGGCCGCUCCCAGUCCUUCUCCCACCAGCAGCCGGCCCGCAGCCACCUCAUGAGGUCUGGCAGCGUGAUGGAGCGCAGGGCCAUCACGCCCCCCGUGGGGUCCCCCGUGGGACGUCCCCUGUACCUGCCCGCGGGUGACAAAGCCGUGCUGGCCCUGGACAAGAUCGCCAAGAGGGAGUGCAAGGUGCUCGUGGUGCCACCCGUCAAGUGACAGCGGGGACAGCUGGGACAGGGUGGGGACAGCGAGGGGACA